GAAAGCUGUAGCCUUUUGUGUUCCAACUACGUAGAUAUUGUAAAGGAAUCUAAAAGUACAGAAACUACAGCAUGCGGGUAACUCAGGAAGUGAAGGGGGCUUUACACUGUGUUCAGUCUCGCCACCAUUUCCAUCACUUUACCCUUUGAGAAAGCAUUCACUUCCCUGUUUUGGCUGAGUGCUCAGAUAAAAUCGCUGUGCGGCUUCAUAAACCUGUUGGCGCAAACUUGUCAAGAUGUUUGUGUGAUUUCUGAGACUUCAAAACUCGAGUGGACUAAUGAGGAAUAAUGUCUACAUAAUGUUCAAAAUUUCAGAAUGAAGCUGGAUCUAAACUUCUCCAACAUGUCUGUGGAGUCUGAUGCUGUAAAGCCAGAGCAGGGACCGGUGGAGUACCGCAUGGCAGGCCUGAUCUUCUACGGCUUCGUCUUCGUCAUAGGAGUCAUAGUCAAUGUCACUGCUUUAUGGGUGUUUUCUCUCACUACCAAGAAGAAGAACUCUGUCACCAUCUACAUGAUAAACGUGGCGGUGGUGGACCUCACCUUCAUCCUGCUCCUUCCCUUCCGAAUGGUCUACCACCACCAGGACUAUUGGCCCUUUGGAGACAUUUUCUGCCGAAUCAGUGCAGCUCUCACCAUCUUCUACCCCUGCAUGGCUCUGUGGCUGUUUGCUCUGAUCAGUGCUGACCGCUACAUGGCCAUCGUUCAGCCAAAGCACAGCAAGGAGCUGAGGAAUGUCCCAAAGGCCGUGGUGGCAAGUAUUGGGGUGUGGCUCAUGACCAUGGGCAGCACCGUACCCCUGCUCUUCUCUGAGGAUGAUCCCGAUCGCGUCUCCAACUUCACCACCUGCAUCAAGAUGCAAGACAUCAUCUACAUGCGCCAUGACAACCUUGUCAACUUUGUGCGGCUCAUCUUCUUCUUCCUGGUCCCCAUAUGUAUAAUGAUUGGCUGCUAUAUUGUCAUUGUGGAUAAUCUGAUCCACGGCCGCACCUCUAAACUCAAACCUAAAGUGAAGCAAAAGUCCAUCCGCAUUAUCAUCACACUGAUUGUCCAAAUGUUGGUGUGUUUUGUGCCUUUCCAUGUGUGUUUAGUGCUCCGUUUGGUGGGGACAGGCGAAGAUGGAGGGUUUAGCACAUGGGCGGUCUUCACCACAUUCCUGAUGAACCUGAGCACAGUGUUAGAUAUCAUUCUGUUCUACAUUGUCUCCAAACAGUUCCAGGACAGGGUGAUCAGCGUGAUUCUGUACAGGAACUAUCUGCGAAGUGUGAGACGGAAGAGCAGACACACACACACAGGCAGCAUCCGAUCAAUGAGCAACCUGACCAGCGCAAUUAUAUGAAACAACCGUCAAACGUUCAUGUCAAACAGCGCACUGAUAUGUGCUGUGCACGCUUUGGAUCACAAUGUAACACUGAAUGCUUCACUGUGUACAUGGUUCAUUAUCAAAAGGAUCUAAACUUGCAAUUAAUUUCCAAGGUGUAAUUUACACUCACAGUAUGGGAGUGCUGCUGUUGUGGCAAAAACAUCUGUGUUCAGAGCUGAUUGACUCACCCAUGAGACUUGAGAUGUUUUUUUGUGCAUCUUUGCUUUGGCAGACAAAGCACGAGUAUGUGUGGCUCAGGUGUAAUACAUGCAGGCGAAAAUAAAGCUCAUAAUCAUUCAAAACAUA